AUGGCCGCCCAAGAGCCUCACGCGGACCCUGAGCUGCCGGCGUCGCCGAUGGAGGACAGGCACAUGGAGGCGUUCGCCAACAUCUUUCUCCGUUUCGCUCGCCAGCAAGCGCCGUUCAGGCAUAUCGCGCAGUCAGGCCCAAACGUCUUCGCGAGGAGGAGCGUGCGGUUGUGGGGCGAGUUCCCGGAGGCCGCCGGCGUCCCGGCGUCGGGCGAUGCCAUGGCUGCCCUGCCGGAGACGACGGUGGGCGAGGGCGGGGCGGGGGAGGAGGAGGAGUGUGCGGUGUGCCUCGGGGGUUACGCGGCGGGCGACACGGUCAGGACGCUGCCGUGCUCGCACGGCUUCCACGGGCACUGCAUCCUCCGCUGGCUCGCGGCCAGCCACUUCUGCCCGCUCUGCCGCUUCGCGAUGCCGGCCGAGGUGGAACCGAAGGCGGACGACGACGAGGGGGAGAGCGGCGACGACGGCGACGAUGUCACGUUCGAGCCGCUACCUAGCGAUUUUUUGUGUUGA